UAACCUUAAUCGUCCGUUAUUCGGCAUCAAACAAUUUCAUCAUAAAAUAAACACAACGGCGAUAAGUUUUCUUUUCGAGGUAGGCAAUACCCUCUCAUUAUUAUACUUGUUUCUUUGUUUCUUUGGUUCGGAGUCUUCAUUCAUCAAUCAAUCAUGCUCGCCAGAAAUAUCAAAAGCUCUAGAAGCUUUCAGACAAUUAAUCGUUGUUCAUUGAUCGCUUCUUACAAAUGUGAAGCUUCAUUGCGAGUACCCCGCACCAGCGCAGUGGGUAGUACCAUCACCACAAAUACAGGACACAAAUGCAACAUGGCGACUAUCGCAAGCUUUAAGAUCCCAAAGGUGGUUAAUGAGCCAAAUGUGAGUACCGACGAAAGACUGGAAGCUGUAGCUUUGUCCUGUAGGGAACGGGAAUGCUAAUCAACAAGAUAGCAUCAUUAUGCUAAGGGAUCCGCACAACGCGAUGGACUUUAUAAGGCAUUGGAGAGAUUGGAAAGCAAGGUCCCUUUAGAAGUCCCUAUUGUAGUAGGAGGUAAAGAGGUUAGUAUGGUUCAUCUGUUACAGCUAUAUAAUCAACGCUGAUAAUAUCUCUAGGUCAAAACUUCUUCUGUUUCGCAUCAAUUCAACCCUGCAAACCACUCCUCGAAAGUCGCAUCUUAUUCAAACGCCUCCCCAUCCGAUGUCUCCUCCGCUAUCGAUGCUGCUCUCGCCGCAAAGCCCGAAUGGGAAUCUCUUCCCUUUGCAGAUCGAGCUGCUAUCUUUCUCAAGGCCGCAGAUCUCAUCUCGGGCAAAUACAGAUAUGAAAUUAUGGCUGCUACAAUGUUGGGACAGGGAAAGAAUGCUUGGCAGGCUGAAAUCGAUUCUGCUGCAGAAUUAGCAGACUUCCUUAGAUUCAAUGUUCAAUAUGCUGAGGAGUUGUAUGCGCAACAACCGGCGCACCAUUCACCUGGUGUCUGGAAUAGACUUGAGUAUAGACCUCUGGAAGGUUUUGUCUACGCUGUUACCCCGUUUAAUUUCACAGCAAUUGCAGGUAACUUGCCUGGUGCACCAGCUCUGAUGGGAAAUGUUGUGGUUUGGAAACCGUCUGAUUCUGCCAUUGCUUCAAAUUGGUUGUUGUACAACAUUUUGCUCGAGGCAGGUCUUCCCAAAAAUGUUAUUCAAUUUGUACCAGGAAACCCUGUCGAAGUUACAAAGGUUGUUCUGGAGCAUAAGCAACUGGCUGCUCUUCAUUACACGGGAAGUACCGCUGUAUUCAGAAAGCUUUAUGGAUCAAUUGCAAGCGGCGUUGCGGAGGGUAGGUAUCAAGGAUAUCCAAGAAUUGUAGGGGAGACUGGAGGAAAGAACUUCCAUCUCAUUCAUUCUUCAGCCGAUGUGGAAAAUGCUGCUCUCAACACUGUUCGUGGUGCUUUCGAAUAUCAAGGGCAAAAGUGCAGUGCUACAUCAAGAGCAUAUGUUCCAAAAUCUAUCUGGCCUCAAUUCAAGGAGAAGUUGGUCGAAGAAACAUCCAAACUCUCAAUUGGAUCUCCAAAGGACCCAAAGAACUUCAUCGGUCCUGUCAUUCACGAACCAUCAUUCAAGAAACUCUCAGGCGUCAUUGACAAUGCUAAAUCAGACUCUGAGCUCGAACUUCUUGUAGGAGGCAAACACGAUAACUCGACGGGUUAUUAUAUUCACCCCACUAUCUACCAAACAACCAACCCCAGACACGCACUCCUUUCUACUGAGCUGUUCGGUCCAAUUCUCACCGUCUACGUCUACGAUGACUCUACCGCUCCGGCCGAAGCUUUCGAAUCAGUUUGUAAGCUGGUGGAUACUACAUCUGAGUACGGACUCACUGGUGCAGUUUUCGCGACCGAUAGAGCGGCAAUCAGAUAUGCCGAAGAAGCAUUGAGAAAUGCGGCGGGUAAUUUCUAUGUCAACUGCAAGAGUACCGGAGCAGUGGUUGGACAGCAGCCUUUUGGUGGUGCCAGAGCAAGUGGAACAAACGACAAGGCGGGCAGUAUGAAUCUUUUGGGUAGAUUCGUUAGCGUGCGGGCAUUGAAGGAAGAGUUUGUUUCAAUUGGAAGUAUUGAGUACCCAAGUAAUGAGGUUUAAAUGGGAUUAUAAAGUUGAUGGUUAUCGCGGAGACGGUGUCAUAUGACAGUGGGAAAAUGAAUGAAUUGAUAUGAGAAACGACAAGAUUUGUUGAGAUGUUGGGGUGAGCAUCUCAGGAGAAUCGGCUAAUAGUUUUUGGCAAGCGAUUUUCCUUAGGCUUGUUAUGUGCUAUGCAUACGUGCAUCUUUCUUUAUGCUUUAUAUUUACGGCCGUUAUUAGCAUUGUAUUUGAAAAUAUCAGAUGCUAUCACUCAUGUAGUUGGUGAGCAAAAAUAUUGUUGUUCUGUUCCAAUAGAUUAUGCUACAUAUUCCCUGAUUGGCAAUUGUGGACGGUCCAACAU